CGCGCCGAGCCCCCGCCCCGGUCACCAUGUCCCUGGGGGGCAGCCGGUGGUCCGUUCGCCUGCUGGUGAUCACCUGUGUGAUGGCCGGGCCGUCCCUGAGUCAGGAGUGUUCCGCGGAGAAAAUGGAGAAUUCCAUCAUCGAUAUAGACUUGUCCCUGCCCCGAGGCGUCCGGGGCGCGGAGCCGCUUCGCGUCCCCAGCGCGGGGGCUUGUGCCCGCGCCUGCUGCUCCAGGGACGGGCUCGCAGGAGACAAGAAGUGUAAUUUGAUGAUUUUUUAUGCUGGAAGAACAAAAGCACAUCCAAACUGCUACCUCUUUUACUGCCCUACCACAGAGGCUUGUCUGAUGAAACCUGCAACAGGACUUGUGAGCUACAAGAUAACUACAGACACCCAGGUCCCAGAGGAUAAAUCUAUCAAAACUGAGAACUUUUCUUCAAAUGAGUAUUCUUUGUCUUCGGAUGCAGGAACAAUUUUUUCUCACACUCAGAAUAGCCAUCAGAAUCAUACUGCCACUUGGCAACAAUCUGUAUUUCAUCAGGCAUCUGAACCCGUGAACCACAUAGGUAAGCAUUUAGACAACAUUGAAUUUCAUACAGAUUUUCCUGAAUCUCAAAGGGCAAAACAGUCUGAGAGCUUAGAUUCCAUCCCAAGGCAGAAAGUAAUUAAUCUGCCACCAAACAUGUUUUCUGCUGUUCACAUUGGAAACCCCACUGCUUCAUUCCCCACCACUCAGCCUAGUGCUCCUGAAACCAGCAGUACUACUCUUACUCCUCUGCCUGCAAGUACGGCCCGGUUGGAAUUUCGUACAACCUCUCUGCAUCCUGGUGCUGCUGAACCUACAAUCACCACCACCACAGCUCCCUCUCCGCCUACCGCAGCCACUGGAGCUAAACCUGAUGUCCCUGUCACCAGCAUCGCUGCUACUCGUGUUCCUCUUUCCAGUCCCACAACUUUUACAACCACAAAUUCCAGAUCUGCUACUGCUCCAUCAGGGCUAAGGACUCCAACCACAUCUCCUGAGCCAGCAGCUGUCUCUUCCAAUGAUACUAGCCAUGUAACCCUCUCCUCUUUUUCAGGUUUCAUUCUCUCUACUAGUGAUUCCCCCAUAUCUUCCCAAAAUGACCUUCAGGGUUAUGACCCAUCUGACUCAGAAAGCUACCUGUCAGAGGGUGUUCUGAGAGGGAAAGGUGUUGUUCAGCUGGGGGAGAAAAGCAGCCUUCUAGCAGCUUUGUUUUUUGGGGUGAUGUUCUUGUUGCUGGUUAUUGCACUGACAGGGAAGAAAAUACAUGAAUCUCUUCAGAAGAGGCAUUAUACCAGGCUGGAUUACUUGAUCAAUGGAAUGUAUUCUGAUGUCUGAUGGGGAGAGGGAAUAAAAUUUUGAGGAGCAUGUAACUUUUGAGAGGGCAACUCUGAAAUGGAACAGUAGAUACUGAAAUCUCAGAAAAGGAUGGAUUCCUUUUUUCUCCUCUAAUGGCAAAGCAGAAGGCAGGACAUGGUUUUGGUGGGGAAAAGAAAUGCUCUUUCUACGCUGAACUAUAAUGUCUAUCAUUUUUGAUUUAUACUAAAUCCUGAGAAUAAACACUCAAAUCCAAGUUAAGCUAAGAAGGUCUUAUAUUUAAGGAGAAAAAGCAUUUCAUGAGCUUAAUCUGUACUGUGACAAGAUUAGUGAAAUAGAAGUACACCUAAUAAAUUGAGUACCUGUGCA